CUUAUGAGUAGGUUCACGUGAGUGCGUUGGAUUAGUGCCUGGGCUGCUUGAGUCUGGCUUCCUCAGUUUCUCUUGUUUCCCCUUUUGCCAUGUGAUCUUUGUAAACACCUCUCCCCAACUCCUGCUUUCUACCGGGAGUUGAAGCAGCGUGAGACCCUCACCAGGCAGGCUGCCCAGUCUUGGAAUUCCCAGCCACCAGAAUGAGGAGCCAAAUCCACCUCUUCAUAAAUUACUCAGCCUCAGCUAUUCUGGUGUAGCAACACUGAAGAGAGUAAGACACCAGGCAGCUCCACCGACAUGUAACGUAACUGUUCUUCAGGGUCAUCACCUUCAGGACCGCAAUGACUGGUAGGGCCAGGACGACCGCUCGAGGCAGAGCCCGCCGCAGGGAGCAGGAGGAACAAGAGGCACCUGGGGUACCCAGAGCACCUGAAUCAGCUGCAUCAGCUGCAGAGCCUGCUCAGUGGCAGUGGACACCCCGGCCCCUGCGAGAGGAAGGCCCAGUGGUUAGACCGCGGCAGCCGAGAGGAGCAGAAGGAACAGCACAGUCUCGAGGGGUGAGAGAACCUGGACUUGAAGCUGGAUUACAAACCUUAUCCUUACAGGAGAGGAGGAUUGGUGGAGUUUUUCAGGACCUGGUGGUAAACACCAGGAGAGAUAUGAUGCAUGUUAAAAACUCAAAAACAGGUUCAGAAGGUGAAGUGGUACGGCUAAUCGCCAAUCACUUCCGAGUGAUAUCCCAUCAUCAGCGUUCUGCAUUUAAAUACAAUGUUGACUACAAACCCGACGUAGAAGCUGGAAAUCUCCGUCAAAUUUUACUUAAUCAACAUAUAAGGAAAUUUGGGGAGUGCCAUAUAUUUGACGGAAACUCUUUAUUAUUACCUCGGCCACUAAGAGAGCGGAAAGUGGAAUGGGUGAGCACAACCGAAGACAAAAAAAUUGUGAAGAUUGUGGUUGAGUUUUCCAAAGAACUCGCGCCCACGUCACCAGAUUGCCUACGCUUUUACAACAUUCUGUUUAGAAAAGCUUUCAAGGAGCUAAACUUGAAACAAAUCGGUCGCCACUAUUAUACCGAAAAGAUACCAUUGACACUAGAGCGUCGUGGUACCAGCUUGGAAAUCUGGCGUGGUUAUGUUACUUCUAUUCUUCAGUACGAAAACGGCAUUACCCUCUGUGCUGACGUGAACCACAAACUGCUCCGAAUAGAAACUGUUUAUGAUUUCAUAAGCAAAAUACAGGCAGAGGCCCAGCGAGGAAACCCCCAAGUGGAAGUAGCUAAUAAAUUAAUUGGAUCAAUUGUUCUGACAAAAUACAACAACAGGACCUACAGAGUAGAUGGUGUUGAUUGGAAUCUGAAUCCUCGACACACAUUUAACAAAUCAGAUGGCACCAAAAUCACCUAUAUAGACUACUACAAGCAGCAACAUAAAGAAAUCAUCACUGUGAUGAGGCAGCCACUUCUGGUCAGCCAGGGCAGAUGGAAAAAGGGCCAAACAGGUCCACAGCGUCAGCCUAUCCUGCUGAUUCCUCAGCUGUGCUACAUGACAGGUCUAACAGAUGAAAUACGUAAGGAUUAUACCAGUAUGAAAGACUUGGCUACAGAAACAAAAUUGAGUCCAGAAAAGAGGCAUAAUUCAUUAAAAGGACUCAGGAAAAGCAUAGAAGAGGAAAAAGCGCAAGCAUUACUUCAACCCUGGAAUUUCAAAUUUGAUAGCAACCUUUUGUCCCUCCAUGGAAGAGUUUUGAGGAAUGCAAACAUCUUUCAAGGCAGAAGAAUGGUUCGAGCCAAUGCAAAUGGAGAGUGGGCAAGAGAAGUAAGAGAAGUCCCCUUACUUAGUCCAGUGCCACUACAUAGUUGGCUCCUGCUCUAUAACAAUGAAUGUUUUAGAGAAGCCAUGAUCUUAAAGGAUUAUCUAUAUCAUGUCACAGCCCCCAUGGGCAUAACGAUGAGACCAGCACAUAUGAUUGAAGUAGCUGGACAUGCUGACUCCUAUACAAACAUAUUACGGAAAUAUACUAGAUCAGCACUGCAGAUGGUGAUUUGUAUCCUGCCCGAUGAUGACAAAUACAGAUAUGACCACAUAAAAAAAUACCUGUGUACCACAUUCCCAAUUCCAAGCCAAUGUGUGGUGAAAAAGACCAUCGAGAAGGUCCAGGCAAAGACUAUCGUCACCAAGAUUGCCCAGCAGAUGAAUUGCAAGAUGGGAGGAGCUCUCUGGAAGGUGGAGACAAAUGUACAAAGAACAAUGUUCAUUGGCAUCGAUUGUUUCCAUGAUAUUGUUAAUCGACAAAAAUCCAUAGCGGGAUUUGUGGCAAGUACGAAUGCCGAGUUAACCAAGUGGUACUCUCAGUGUGUCAUCCAGGCCACAGGAGAAGAGCUUGUGAAUGAGCUGCACACCUGCUUGAAAGCUGCCCUGGAUGUCUGGUGUGAAAACGAAUCAUCAAUGCCACGUUCUAUUAUUGUGUAUCGAGAUGGAGUGGGAGAUGGUCAGCUUCAAGCAUUGCUUGACCAGGAAGCAAAACAGAUGUCAACCUACUUACAAACCAUCUCUCCUAACAAUUUUGCUCUAGCUUUCAUUGUGGUGAAGAAACGAAUAAACACUAGAUUUUUUCUUAAAUGUGGAAGCCGUUUUGAAAAUCCACGUCCAGGAACAGUUAUUGAUGUAGAGUUGACUAGGAAUGAAUGGUAUGACUUUUUUGUCGUGAGUCAGCAUGUGAAAGAAGGGACUGUUACCCCCACUCAUUAUAACGUCAUCUAUGACACGAUUGGCUUGAGCCCAGAUACAGUGCAGCGUUUAACUUACUGUCUGUGCCACAUGUAUUAUAAUUUGCCAGGCACCAUUCGAGUUCCAGCACCUUGCCACUAUGCCCACAAGCUGGCAUACCUCGUGGGGCAGUCCAUUCACGAGAAACCGAAUCGUUCGCUGUCAACCCUUCUCUUUUACCUUUGACUUGUAGAAGACCUGAUGAGACACAGCUUUGAGUACAACACUUCUGACCAACCAGAUGCAAGCACGAUACGCCUCAGGACGUCUCCAACACAUGGUGAGACAACAGACAACACUGUUUUUUCUGUCAAGAAAAGGUGAAAACUCUUGUUUGAUCAGAUGUACUAUACAAAGCAUUUAGAAAAACUCAUAUUGGUUUAAAAUUUUCAACUUCUCACAUAGUCACUUGUCCCAUUUUAACGUGUGAUGUACUUUGCUUUGUUACCAUGUUAGUGAAAACAUGGAAACUUCUUGUUUAUACAUUUUGCCAUCUUUUAUCAACACAAUUUGUCAUGUGAUGGAGGCGUCAUAGGUGUGUCUUUAUUCAUCAUUCUUUGUCCCUUUUCCCUUGCUUCAAAGAGCACAUUUUAAAGAUGAAUGAUGGAAGAUGAAUGAGACAAAGUUCCAUUUACAAAUAUUAUUUUCAACAAUUUAUAAUUUGUUGUACUCGGCUUGGUUUCCAUUUAAAAAAAUGAAAAAACAUGGUUGUCCAUCCUUGGGGAUUGACUCUGUGCUUUUGGCUUCCUCUUACACAGUCCUCGGACCACAUGCGUUUAUCACAUCCAAGUUUAUGCUACUCAAAACUUUUAAGUUAUUAACAAUCUCAUUUGAUGUAAACGUAAAUUCAAACAUGCCCUACUCCUGCUUAUUUUCCUCAGUGUUAUGUUCAAUCCUCACUUACUUGCUAGAAAGCCAUGCAUAGCCAAGUUUUUCAGUUGGUUUAAACAGCAGGCACACUAGUGAGGGUCCUAUAAUAAUAUGCAAAGUAAUGUAGCAUAGCAAAAUAUGGGAGUUUGUUAACCUUUUUCUAGUUUGAGUAGACUUUGCCUGUCUUGAGUCAAUUAUUUCUGGUUAGAAUUUAUGUUCAUUUUUGCAUUAAUAUAAAGUAAUAACUAAGGCUGGGUAAUUUACAACAAAAUGAGGUUUAAUGGGCUCAUAGAUCUUUAGGCUGUACAAACAUGGCUUCAACAUCUGCUUCUGGUGAGGGCCUCAGCAAGCUUACAAUCGUGAUGAAAGGCACAGGGGAAGCAGGUGGCUCCACAUAUGGAGAGAGGUGGUAGAGAGGGUCGGAGGAAGGUAUGAAACUGUUUUAAACCCCCAGAAUGAGAAUUUGCUUAUUACCAUGGGGAUGGGACCAAGCCAUUCAUAAGGAAUCUACCGCCAUUACCCAAACACCUCCCACUAGACCCUGUCUCCAACAUUAAGGGUCACAUUUUAACAUGAGAUUUGGAGGGAGAACAUAUCCAAUCCGUAUCAGAAUUGUAUUUCCCAGUUCCUUCCAGAGCAUUGGCUUCUCACACCUAGAGAGCAUGGAAAUGGUAAAGCUAUUCCAUGUCCCUCACUCUUCAGUGGCAGGAAUGUCUGCCUACAAGGCCCUUCCAGCAUCGAAGGCGGAGGCAGCGUAGGAACCAAAGCAUGGCCCAAGCCCCUCUUGGAGCUUUUACCAUUCUAGCCUUUUUUUUAGAAAGAAAAGAUUGUGCUGCAGACACCAUGUCCAAUUAGAUUUGUAUAUUCAUUUUAAAAUUUAAGAUAGGUCACUUUCUAGUUGUGUAAAGACCCUUUUUUUGUUUGUUUUUUAGUGACAUAUUAGUCAAUAACCACUAAGUGUGGUUCGAGAUGCUUACAGGGCUUCUGGUGCGUCUAGAGAUGGGUGCCCGGCCCAAAGUAGUUAUUAGCGCUCUUAGCUCUUAGGGUCUGGCAAUUAAGGCAACCUAUGUGUAAAUGCAGGACGGGAGAAUACUAAUGGACCAUGGCUCAUACAUGCAAGUUAAAGUCUCUAAUUAGCUACAUUUGUCAUCUGGUUUCAUUUUAUUGCCCUUUCCUUUGUACAUGAGCAUUCUUUCAUUUGUAUGUAAUAGAAAGAAAAAGUUAACUAGGUAAAAAAACAAAGAUUUUAGAUUUUACUUUAAGAUUUAUGCCAGAUAAUUUAAAUUAUAAAUUGUUGAAAAUAAUAUUUGUAAAUGGAACUUUGUCUCAUUCUACAUAGGAAUAAUCAGUAAGACCAUAACAACUACUUUUAUGUUCUGGUAUUUGUAUCAAAAGUGACCAGUUUUAUUUUUCAUAGCACAAGAAAAAAGAGAAAGCAAGUGUAUAAACCACAUAAGUAAACAGUCAAAAAGUUAAGAAAUUGAUAGUUUGACGUAAAAGUACAUCUCUCUUGAUUGCUUUAAAUUAUAAUGGGGACCCAGUGCA